GGCUCCAGGCUCCAAGCUGUCAGCACAGAGCCCAAUGUGGGGCUCAAAUUACAGAACCACAAGAUCAUGACCUGAGCCAAAGUAGGAAGCUUAACCAACUGAGCCACCCAGGCGCCCGUCCAUAAACAUUUUUUUAAGUUUUUAAAAAUUUUAUUUAUUCUUGAGAGAGAGAGGGAGAGCAGGGGAGGGGCAUAGAGAGAGGGACAGAGAGAGAAUCCCAAGCAGGCUCUGCACUGUCAGUGCAGAGCCCGACGCAGGGCUCGAACUCAUAAACCAUGAGAUCAUGACCUGAGCUGAAACCAAGAGUCAGACGCUUAACUGACUGAGCCACCCAGGCUCCCCACCAUAACUAUUUUUUGAAUUAAGUAAAUAUUUGUGAAUUCCAUUGAGUCAGCCACUUGACUGGGAAGCAAAUUCUACAAGAUCUUGCCAUCUCAUCCCUUACCUUUAGGGCUUAGGACUGAGCUGAGCUCCUUCCUCCCAUAUGGAGCCUGGCCUCUUACAGAUCUGGACUUGAGACCCUAGAGGUUUAGCUCUGCUCUGAUUCCCCUGAAGGCCUAGGAGGGAGCCCACUAAGAAACAGGGACUUUAGGGGAGACAAAAAGAGCUUCCUCAUGGUAGGAUCUGCUAGAUCCUGACAGCAGGGGCUGGUAUAGAGUGGGGGAGGUAGUGAGGAUCACGGGAGCAUCUUCAACAACAAAUCGUCUGUUCUGCUGUUCAUCAUUUCAAAUCCUGUUCAAUUCCUGCCUUACAACCCAAACUGUACUUUUCCACCCCAGACACUGCGAGAGUCCAGGCUUCUCUCCUGGGAGACCUGCCAAGGUGGCCCUUGGGUCCCUGUUCUGCUUGCUCAGGUGGUCAACUGUCAGAACCUCACUGGACACCUGUCUCAGGGGAGCACCAGGGGGUCACCCCCCUCCUAGUGCCUCCUAUAAGCCUGCUGUGUGCAGGAGAUACUACUUCAUGGUAUUAUGUUUGCAGGCAGGCACAGAACUAGUGGUGAAGAGAAAUCCAAGCAAAGGGGCCAUGGGAAUGUGCAGCACUGGCCUCUCUGGGCUGCCACCCCCAGUGGGUUAUUAAGAGACCCCCUCUUUUCUGUGCGUGAUUGGUCCUUGUUUCAGAGACAGACGUUGGACCCCAGGUCCCACUACAACCUGACAGAGGCAGAGAAACGAUGCUCCUUCCUCCUGCCCCUAGCCGUGCCUGUUCUUCUCCCUCCCCUGGCCUCCUCCUGCCUUUCCUCUCUCCCCUGCUUCUGCACAAGGAUCUCUCCUCCACAAUGAUCUUGUGCCUUCCUCCGAAGCAGCUUUUCUUUAACAUUCCCUUGACUGUCAGACAACCUAACAAAAAGCCUCAAUAAGGCCACAGGCAGCAGAUGGCUUAUCAAGAUGUACCUAUCUGCUCGGGGUCCUGGCUGUCACCUCAGUGCUGCUUUGUCAUUACAGAUGGCAAAACAAAGCAGCUGUGCACACACACACACACACACACACAGAAAUGAUCCCUGUUGGGAGCCAUUCUCCCAGCACCUCCACACUUUACCCCCUAGCUCUCAUAGCUACUUUGUCCUUCCCCCCUCUCUGCCUUGAGAACUCAGCCUGGAGAGCGUUUAACUGAUCAAGAGCUGUGAGAUUAGGAGGGGCCCAUCUUUUAUCCUACAGGCUGGUUUUCCAGCAGAUGCUCAAGGUCAUAGAGUGCCAGUAACAGAAGGGAGACCCAAGAUCUCAAUCAUUCUCCCUCCUCAUUCUAUAGAGCAGGAAAAUAAGGCCCAGGGCUGUCAGGUUCAUUAACUAGCUAAUAGCUAGUUAAUGAGCAGCAGAGUCUAGACUCUGGGUCUCCUGAUGCCUAGGCUUGGGCUCUUUCUUCCCUUCUAGCCCUGAUUCAGCUGACAAGAAUGUAUUGGGGUGUGGGAGAGGCAGAGUCCAUUUUCUGAUACAGCUCAUAGUAUAUGAAAGAAGAUAAGCCAUCCCACAGAAAGCUGCUGUACAUUUUCUGUGAUAUGAACCGCAAGGGUGCCCCAAAGAAAGGCCAUAGAUUGGAGAAGGUCAAGUCUGUGGACCGGACAGGGAAACUUGGUAAAAGUGGUGACUUUCUGGCUGAGAUUUUAAGAAGGGGGAGGCUAUCCAUGGGGACGGAAGGUGUUUCAGACUCAGGGAAGGAGCUGGGAGAGCCAAGAUCUGUUUAGAGGUAAGUGGGUGCAGUUAGCCUGAAGGAUAGGAUGCACUUGACCUCUGUGUAGGUGAAUUCCCAGGUAGAAGAUGCCCUCUUUCCUCCUGGAACAGUGGUCUGAGCCUCUGCUGCUGUGUUGUGCAGCAGGGCAGACAGAAAAGAUGGUGCAGGAGCAUCUGUCAGAGGCAUCUUGGGGGUUUCUCGACCUGACCCUCACCUCUGCCCCAGUCCUGAUGGUGAAUCCCCCAAGGAACACAGGUAAAGUGGAAGAGGGACACCGGGAUACCCCUGACAUAUAUUAUCAACGUGCCAUGCCACCUGCUUGUCAGGCAGAUUUUAAGAGAUGCAAGGAAGGGUCACUUAGGGGUCUGUGCCCCAGGAUGGGACUCCUCCUCUGGCUUAGUUGCUGGUGUCUUUUGCCUUUGGAUCAGACAUUUGCCAUCUCUUGGAAUAUCAAUUUCCUCAACUUGGUUAGCAACGAGGCCUCUGAGUUCUUGAAUACCAGUCUCUUCCCUUCUGCAAGCCUACCUCAUCUAGAUAAGAACAAGAAGCCUAAAGAAGCCAAGUCAGAUGGGGCGGGGCUGCAUUUACCCCUGGUUCCUCCAGGGCUCACCCCAGGGCACUACAGACAACCUGUCAACCAGCUCCAGUCCCCUUAGCUCCCAGCCUGUCAGCCUUGGCAUUUUACUUCCUUAAAUAGCCCUGGUCUGGGGUCACUGAAGCUCAGUGAUCUAUGUGUGACCAUGACACUAGCUCUGUGUGGCUCAGGGCCCGUUUCUGGAGGACUGCCAGGCAUAUGGGCUGUCCUGUGCACCCCUCCAAUGACCCUCCCUGGAAUAAAUCACCCUUUGACCGGGAAAAGGGUUUAGUUUUUCCUUUUCCACAGGCAGGAUGGAAGAUACUACCCUGCAGAUCUCUGAACGGGAGACAGACCCAGCCUCCUAGGGGCCUCUCUGCCCUCUGGGUCCUGGCCCUUUUUCUCCAAAGGGAAGGGGAGAGACAGGAGAGGGGGCGGCGGUCGGGGCAGGGAGAGCUUGGAGGACAUUGGGGAAGGAAGAUGGAGGUACAGGGUACAAGGGCUUUCAACAGCUUUCCUCCUUUCGAGUUGGAAGCGGUUAAUCCAUAGGUGCUUUUUUCCACCGAAAUGUGAGCAUUUCAAGGGUGAGCGCUGCCCUCUGGCCGCAAGCGCCUCCGGUGUGUGUGCGCCUGUGCGCGCGGCGCCUGUGUGUGCUACUGUCGCUGUCAUCACAGAUGUACCCCCAGCUGUCACUCCAUUGCUCCGUCUCUUCGCUUGCGCGCACACGCGCGCGCUCCCCUCCUCUCCCUUUCUUCCCCUUUCCUAUCGGUCUCCCUCUGUCCCUCCCUCUUUCCUUCUCAGUUUGCUAUUGACCCAGCAGCCCCGUCCCCCUGGCAGCUGCGGCAGGCAUUCCUUCUCCCCCGUGCUGUGCGCUGCGUGCCAGGUCCCUGCUCCCGGCCGGGCGACUGGAGACUCAGUGCCCCCAGCGCUCCGCUGGGCAGUGCUGUCUGGAUUUCUCCAGGAAUCCCAGGAGGGGCUCGCUGGACGGCUAAGAGCUACUUGAUUUAAGGAGCUUGCGGUCAGGGUGAAGAAAGACAGCUGCUGCAUGAACUCCCUGAGCUGAUGAGUCUUAUUAUAGCCCAGCGGGCGGAAGACAGAGCACUGCACCUCACCUCUCAGGCAAAGGUGGAGGGGAAGCAGGAGGCCAUCCGGCAGCAAGAGCGAGGCCCAGGCUGCACACCUGACUCAGCAGCAGACUCUGCCUCCUCAGGGGCCAUGGACUGACAGCACACACCGAGAGGCUCCUCUCUCCCCAGAGGUUCAGGGCCUUGAGAGCUGUGGCAUUCACCAUGCUGGCCCGGGGCAGUGGCCCCGAGCAAAGGACCGGGCUUGCCGUGCUGUGGAGGCAGAUUUACUGGAUCACCUGCUGGAUCACCCUGUAUGCUGUGGAGGCCCUCCCCGCCUGCCCCUUCUCCUGUAAGUGUGACAGCCGCAGCCUGGAGGUGGACUGCAGUGGUUUAGGCCUCACCAUGGUGCCCCCGGACUUGCCCGCUGCCACCCGAACCCUCUUACUCUUGAACAAUAAGCUGAGUGCCCUGCCUAGCUGGGCAUUCGCCAAUCUGUCCAGCCUGCAGCGGCUGGACCUAUCCAACAACUUCCUGGACCAGCUGCCCCGUUCCAUUUUCCGGGACCUGACGAAUCUUACAGAGCUGCAGCUGCGCAAUAACAGCAUCAGGACCCUGGACAGGGACCUGCUGCAGCACUCGCCCCUGCUUCGCCACCUGGACCUGUCCAUCAACGGCCUGGCCCAGCUGCCCCCUGGCCUUUUCGAUGGACUCCCGGCUCUGCGCUCCCUAUCACUUCGCUCCAACCGUCUGCAGAACCUGGACCGGCUGACAUUUGAACCCCUCGCAAGCCUGCAGCUGCUGCAGGUUGGGGACAAUCCCUGGGAAUGCGACUGUAACCUACGUGAUUUCAAGCACUGGAUGGAGUGGUUUUCCUACCGAGGGGGGCGCCUGGACCAGCUUGCCUGCACCCUACCUAAGGAACUGAGGGGGAAGGACAUGCGUGUGGUCCCCAUGGAGAUGUUCAACUACUGCUCCCAGCUGGAGGAUGAGAAUAGCUCAGCUGGGCUGGAUAUUCCUGGGCCACCCUGUACCAAGGCAAGCCCUGAACCUGCUAAACCCAAGCCAGGGGCUGAGCCCGAGCCCGAGCCCAGCACUGCUUGCCCCCAGAAGCAGAGGUAUCGGCCGGUGAGCGUGAGGCGGGCCAUCGGCACGGUGAUCAUCGCGGGGGUUGUCUGUGGCAUUGUCUGCAUCAUGAUGGUGGUGGCUGCUGCCUAUGGCUGCAUCUAUGCCUCCCUUAUGGCCAAGUACCACCGGGAGCUCAAGAAGAGGCAGCCCCUAAUGGGGGACCCGGAGGGUGAGCAUGAAGACCAGAAGCAGAUCUCUUCUGUGGCGUGAGAGCCCAGCCCCACUUGGCCUAGGGACACCGGCCCAGAGGCCUUGAAGCUACAGCAUGUGUGGAUGGCAGCCUCCCGGGAGCCCAGGCACAUACACCACUGGGCAUUUCUUCAGCGCUAAGGACAUCAUCACUGCCAGGCCCCAUGGGGACACCCACCAGUUCCACUCCUAUAGCCUGCAGCCCAAGAACCAUUGCUCUGUACCCCUCACCCCUCCAUCUUAAGCAGCUCUAGGCCUGGGACCUUGGGGCGGGGACUGGGUCAUGAUUGGUGGCAUCUUGGGAAAGCAGGUGGCCCUCACCAAAGCUCACUGCCUGCCAGCAUAUUCCAAGCAGACCCCAGGGGCAGAGAGAGGGCUGCCACAUUCUGCUCAGAAGCCUCAGUUGUGGGGUCCCUUUCCCAGGGUUUUACGUGCUCAGUCUGGCUUUCUGGAGGUUUUAAUUGCACCUGGACUGGGCUCCAAACCAGAGCAUGGGCCAGCGGGCCUGUUUGUUACUAGCAGCCUACACAAAAGGGGCGGCAGGUGAGAAGAUGGCUGUAUGGGGUUUGGGGGUCACUAGUUCCCUCUUGUAGGUCUGUGCCCUCCUGCAAGUCUGAUCUCAGAUGAGUACUAGGUCUCCCUCUGCUGGACACAAGUUUUCCAAGGCUUUUGGAGGGUCAGGAGGCAUCAGGCUGGUUUCUGGCUCCAAGACAGGAGUCUUGGUGGUGGCCUGGGAAGAGACCACUGGAACACUGAGGUCAAGGGUCUGAAGAGGAACAGGGAAGGACAGGGCAUGUCCACCUUGCCUUGCACCCCUCGAUCCUUCCACCUCAUAGAGGACCAUGGUAGGUGAAGGAUGUUGUGGGGGAAGGCAGGGAAUGCUGCUUAGCAGGCUGCUAAACAUGUCUCCUGAGGCUAGGGGCACAGUCUUCCUUCUUUCCAGCUAAUACCAGAUCUAGGCAUUUUCUAAGGGAAAGAGAGGGGAGGGGUGGGUGUUGUCAAUGGUGGUACCUUCAGCCAGAGACAGAAGAUUUUUAAAGGCAAAAUUAUAUUUCUGGUUUGUUGUUUCAGAAGAACAAUAAAGACUGUAUUUUCCUA